AUGACUAAAGAUCAAGCCCAGCCCCAGGAUCCCUUUCUAAGGGGAGAGUGGUCUCCUUUUAUAGGUGAGGGAGAGCCUUCACUUCUUGUGGGGACUCAGAACCGACGCCAAUCCAUAGAGCUUGUUUUCCUGCUACUGCUCAUCAAGGGAAGGUUGGUUAAGGUUGUUGUGUAUGGUUUUGGACAGGACGUUGCUGGUGCUGUGGAAACAGGUUCUGGGAAGAAACAAGCCUUUGGUUUGCCCAUUUUUGCAAUGCUUGUUGGAGGAAGGAGAAAACACUGCGAAGGUAGGGUGGUGGCAACAUGUAUGAAGUUGGGAGCUAGAGGAGCUACCCAUGUGGAAGGAGUUACUCGUGUUGAUCUCAGCGAGAACACUAGUUUCUCAAAUCUUUUACUCAUAAACGGAACUGCAAGACUUCUAAAAUGGUAA